GCUGAGGGCUCCCAUGCAACUUAGCAGCUCAUGGCCUCCUUGUUGCUCGGGACUUGAGCAUGACCGUCCGCCCGACCGUCCGCCCUCGCGUCUACGAAAAGACCGAAAAUGGUUUAUGCGGCGCGGCGUUCUGGUUCUAUCCUUCGCAUCCGUCAAUCCCAAUUUAGUAACCUUUAUAAACCAUUCUCAGCCGAAGCCAUUUCCAUCAUCAGUCCGGCUAUCUAGGGGUCCAUUAUUUACAGACGAUGGGAAGCCGCGGAAGAAUUUUGAUCUUGGACGUACCUGCUUCCUCCACCCUCACCAGCGCCAUUCAUCAUGGAGAAACUCGAACGCUUCCUUUCGCGGCCAACUGCCAAGCCAUACAAGACUAGCGACCUCGAAGCCUCUGAGGAGAUUCACCUCAACAGGGACGGGCUCCUGGAAUUCAGCCCUGACGACAUCGAGAACCCUAUAAAUUGGUCGACCACCCGACGAUGGUACAUCACCUGUAUAGCUAUCAUCCUCGUCCUGAAUGCCACCUUCGCGUCGUCCAGCCCAUCUGGCGCGCUGGGUUCCAUCGCAAAUGAUCUACAUGUCUCGACCGAAGCUGGCGCGCUUGUUAUCACCUUGUUCCUUCUGGGAUACUGCGCCGGUCCAUUAGUAUUUGCGCCGCUGUCAGAGUUUUUCGGUCGCAGAUAUGUCUUCUACGUCACGUUUACUCUGUACCUGACAUUCAACUUCCUCUGCGCUUUCGCGCCCAACUUCGGUGCGCUACUUGUGGGGCGGUUCUUCGCAGGCAUAUUCGCUAGUGCGCCACUCUCCAACGCGGGUGGUGUGCUCGCUGACAUCUGGGGUCCUUUGGAACGAGGCAAUGCCAUGGCUGUCUUUUCUAUGGUAACAUUCAUCGGACCGGCACUUGGACCCGUCAUAUCAGGCUUUCUGGAGCUGAAGAAGAACUGGAGGUGGUCCUUCUAUGUUCUCCUCUGGAUGGGUGGCAUCACCGAGCUGUUGAUGUUCACGCUCCCGGAGACACUGCCCGCAAUUGUGCUCCGCAACAAAGCAAAGCGCCUCAGAGCCUUGAAGAUUCCGGGGUACGAGAACGUUAGGGCGCCAGUCGAGGUCACAGACAGGACUCUCCAGUCUCUGUUCCGCGCCGCGCUCAUUCGACCUUGGAAAAUCCUCAUCGACCCCAUCGCGUUCGCCGUCGCCAUAUAUCUCACAGUCGUAUACGCGCUACUUUAUAUGCUUUUCACCAUCUAUCCUAUCGUCUUUCAAGAGCGGCGAGGCUGGAACUCCGGCGUGGGCGAGCUGCCGCUGUUGGGGACCGCCAUCGGUGCCGUCAUCGGCGGAAGCAUCAUCUUCGCAAAUACAGCCAGAGAGAGGAAAAAAGUGGAGUCAGGCUACAAGCUUGUUCCCGAAGACCGACUUCCUGUCGCCAUGAUCGGAGGCAUCGUAUUUCCCAUCACCAUGUUCUGGUUCGCUUGGUCUGGAGAGUACAACAGCGUCCACUGGAUCGUCCCCACUUUGGCCGGCGUCUUCCUUGCGACUUCUAUCCUGCUAGUGUUCGUUGCGUAUCUUAAUUAUCUAACAGACGCUUACAUCGGUUUUGCCGCGAGCGCAUUAGCAGGAAAUACUGUUGUGCGCUCAGCCGCUGGAGCCGCUGCGCCCUUGUUCACCCCGUACAUGUUUAAGGCCUUGGGCGUUGGCGGUGGUGGCUCUCUCAUCGGCGGACUGGCCUGCCUGCUUGCGCCCAUCCCUUUCAUCUUUUACAAAUAUGGUGGGCCGAUUAGGGAGCGUUCUAAGUUCGCGCGGGAACCAAAUAGAGAUUCUGAGCCGAUUACGUCUGAGCCGAUCGCAUCUGAGCUGAGUGUCUUGGACAGGAGCGAUGACUCGGAUCGUAAGAGCGAGACCUGAUGGAAGUGUGCUUACGCCCGCCCGUUGAGACUCAAGGCGCGACAGGCACAGGCGGUUUCAUUGCGACAACGCGUCAGAACUACUGCUUUUAUAGACAUUUAACGUACUUCACGGGUGAGCUGAUCUUUUACUAGGGAAAAUCAAUAAUCUACGGCUCUAUCUCU